AUGGCAAGCCUAUCAUACAGUCAAGUAGCUCGAAUGUCUCCAAGGGAAUUAAAAAAGUUAAAAGAGCAUAAGAAAGAGUUAAAAGAGCGUGAGAAAGUGAAAGAGUUUGAGAAGGAGUUGUAUAGUAAAGAAUGUGUUGCUCAAAGUAUCAACUUUGUAGUUGGUGAAGCAAAUAAAGAAUUACCUGCCUUGAUUGAUCGUGAGAUAUUUUCCUACUAUUUAGCAACAAUACUUGCAAGGAAUAAAGAGGUAGUUGCAGUGUGGUUAAGAAUUUUACAAGGUCGCUGUGAAAUUUACCUUUCUAAGAACUCUGAUUGGCUCGACAAAGAUAAUAAGUAUAUUGAUAAUAUUACAAAAUAUCUGAAAAAUAUAUCAAAAAAUGCUCCUGUGAUAUCAAAAGAUAACGAAAGAGAUUUUCUUGAGGCUGUAACGAUUUACUGCUCUACUAAACUUAAAUCUAGAUUGAAAAAACUUCAUGAUGAUAUUGAAUUCUAUGAUGAUAAUGAACAUGUUAAAUUUUUCAGUGAUUUUCUUUCAGUUAGGGUUACUAUGGUUAGCAAUGCAGAAAAUACAAAUAUUAUCACAAUAUCUGGAAUUUGUAAAGAGUAUUGUGAGAAAAUUAAAAAGGCUAAAAUUGAGUCUAGAAUUCCCUCAGAAUUUUUAAGACAUAUUAAGAAAGUGUCGUUUUAUAUGGCUUCUACUAUAGUGUAUAGAGUGAACCCUGUUAUCAUAAAAAAUCAGCCCAUAUAUUCGUGGGAAAAUAUUAUCAGAAGGUUUAUUGAUGAAGACAGAUAUAAACGUUUCAUGUAUAGGUGUUCGAAAAAGCCUAAAAUAAUGGAAAGAAUCAGUAAAGUAUAUACCGAUAAAGCCACACAAAAACAACAACCACUUGACGGUGAUAACGUUAAACAAUGUAUAUACUUACAUGCGGAAAUGAACAUAUUGGCCUCCUUAAUUAUCGACAAGAAAAUUAAACGUAGAGUGUUUAUAGCAGUGUCAAAGAGAUGUUGUUUCUUGUGCGAACUUUACAUUAAUUUUGCACAACUAUAUUAUGGAUAUAAUAUCAUCGUUUUUGAACCACAAUUUUUUACUAAAUAUGAUUUUGAUUGGAAAAACACAAAAAUAUGUAGUGGAUGGAAAUUUCCGCAUGUAAGGAAUAACAAAUUUAUGGCUGAAUCCCUGAAUUAUAUACUAAAAAAUCUUAAUCAAAUCAUAGAACAAAAAUUAGAAUACUAUACCAGUAAUUUACCAGCGGAUUCUAGUGAUGGACAAUAUAUAUAUAGAUAUAUUAAAGGUUUUAGCAGUAACCCUAAUAAUAACUUUAAUUUAUUUUCUUAA